CAGCAGCUGCAAAAGCAUUUAACAGUCCUCUACGAACAAUGACACUCGGGGUGUCUCAGGACUAAACGCCACAGAGAUUGUGGGACUGCUGGACUGUUUAAAGGAAGGCGGUCUGAUAGGGUCAAAAAUCAUCUUUAAAAGAGACAUGUGAAAACCUUGGCAAAAUGGACAGGUGACAGACACUAGUUCUUAACAAGGAUUAAAAACCUUUUCGAAGUGCAAAGGAUUACUCCUUGGGGAAAUUACUGCUGGGAGUGAGGGCCGGUGACCAGGAGCAGAAGAAGCUUGGCGCCUAGGAAUGUAUAUUGCAAGUCGUCUCUGAGGACUGAAGAGAGAAACUCGAUUGAUAAGGGGCUGGACGGUAAUAUUUUAUUAAAAAACAAAGACUGAAUGCCUAUAGCUUGUCACUCUGAGUGGAGGUUGGCGAAUAAGCAGGGAUGGAUGUCUUUGGUGGAGCGCCACGGUUUCUGGCCUACCCUCGUCCUGUGGUUGUGCAGAGCGGUACAGACGCAGUUCUGAAAUGCCAGAUUGGUGGAGACCCCAGACCUGCAGUCAUAUGGGAACGAAACAAUGAGAAAAUCCAUCCAGAGGGCAAAUACCGGGUGUUCGAGGAUGGCAAUGUCUACAACCUUAUCAUAACUUCAGUGACGCUGGAAGACAGUGGACAAUAUAUCUGUAAAGCCAAGAAUUGCAUCGGAGAGACAUAUGCAGCAGCUACUUUGAAAGUGGAAGGCGAGGCGCAGGAGCUGGAAUUGCGGGAGGAAAACAAACCACGCUUUCUCAUCAAACCCCUCUCAACUAGGGUUGGACGAGGAGAGGAUGCCAUGUUCUCCUGCAAGCUGUGGGGAAAACCACGGCCAGAAGUGAUGUGGGAGAAAGAUGGCAAAAAGUUGAAUGAAAUCUUUGAGAGCACACAUUUUAGUGUCAGCUAUCAGGAUGGAGGAUGGUUUCAGCUAAAGAUUUUUAAGACACGGGCACCAGAUGGAGGGGUGUACACGUGCAAGGCCCGCAAUGAAUUUGGAGAGAGUUUGGCAGGGGCCGUUCUGUUGGUGGAUGCGGGACCGGGACAUGAAGAUGAAGGGAACCGUAACGGUUACACGAACACCCACUGGAAAUCACAUCAGGGAAAGCAGAGAAGUGGAAGGCAGGUUGCAGCAAGGCACAACCCGCUGCCAAACACAGCCAAAGUAAAAAUGUUUGCGGUGACUGAAGGGAAGCAUGCAAAGUUCCGCUGCUAUGUAACCGGGAAGCCAAAACCAGAAAUCUUAUGGAGGAAAGAUGGAAGACUAAUCUUGUCGGGCAGACGGUAUCUGCUGUAUGAAGACAGAGAAGGCUACUUUACACUUAAAGUCCUUUACUGCAAACAACAGGACAAUGGAGUCUAUGUCUGUUCUGCUUCAAACACUGCAGGACAAACUCUGAGUGCUGUACACCUUAUUGUUAAAGAGCCACUUGUGCGAUUUAAACAACCACUUAAUGACCUGCAAGUAUGGGAGAGAGACUUAGCUGUUCUUGAGUGUGAGGUUCCUGAGGACUCUGUUCCAAUCACAUGGUAUUUAGAAGACAGGAGGUUACAGCCAGGAGCAAAAUAUGGAAUGGAGGAGUGGGGGACAAAGCGAAGACUCACAAUUCGUGAUAUUGGAGUUGAUGAUGAUGGGAUAUAUCUCUGUGAGAUGGCUGAUGGGGGCAGAAGCAUUGCUGAGGUAGCAGUCAAAGGCACCAUUGUAAGAAAGCUGCCACGAAAAGUUGAUGUUCUGGAAGGGGAAAAUGCAGCAUUCUGUGCAGAGGUUGAGGCAGAGGAAAUGGACAUUCAUUGGUACAAAGAUGGAACUGAGUUAAGGGAGACCCAUCAAACCAUCCUCAAAUCCUUUGGAAGGACACAUAUUUUAGUCUUUGUCAACACCACAACGCUAGAUUCUGGUUUGGUCACUUUCUAUGUGGGUAGAUCAAAGACAUCAUCUCAACUAAGGGUGAAAGCUGCAAGGCAUUGUCCACCAAGCUGUCCUAUUGGGGUUCAGAUCAACACAGAACGAGCAAAUGCUGCCCUCCUUUCCUGGUUUCCAGCACAAGAUUCUCGAAAGAAUCCACCUUCAGGGUAUAUAAUUGAGAGAAAAGAGGUAGGCUCCCAAGAGUGGCUACAAUGCUUAACCACUGACACUGCAACUGCAGUGGAGAUCCUCGGUGACAGCGUUCCAUGCGAGGCCGACUACAGAUUUCGCAUAUGCAGUGUCAACAAAUAUGGAAGGAGUGGAAAUGUAGAGUUCCCUCGAGCUGUUCACCUUGUUCCAGUGGCCAGGAUCCAAGCACCUCUACAAGAUGCUUUAGUGCCAGAAGGCCAGGAUGCUUGCUUUUCUAUUGAGCUCUCUGCUUCAGUUAUAGGCACUUGGUUUUUAAAUGGAAACCAGCUUCAAGACGAUGAGCGCUUCUCCAUAAGACGUACACGAACACACCAGUCCCUACGCAUUCGUGGGGUACGAGAGACAGACAAUGGAGCAGAGAUCACCUUCAUUGCCUAUGGAAUUCGAGAUUCAGCUGCUCUGUACAUACAAGCUCCAUUAGUAAAAUUCACUCCACUUUCUGAAAUGGAUCGAAACAAAUUUGUGGAAUCUGGCAACCCUAUAGUGCUCUACUGUGAGCUGUCAAAUCCUGAGGUCCCAGUUCGGUGGUAUAAGAAUGGUGUUGAACUUCAUUCAACGGAAGGUCUACACAUUCAAGCAGAAGGAACAAUGAGGAGGAUUGUCAUUCAAUCAGCUGAUUUCGCAAACUCAGGAGUUUAUAGCUGUGAUGCUAUUGAUGAUGUCAUCCGAUUUAAUGUGGAGGUUGAGGCCCCACCAGUGAGGUUCUCAGUGCUACCAGAUGUUGAAAGGAACAAGUCCACUGAAGCAGGAUCAACAAUGACACUGCAAUGUGAGCUCUCAGAUCCACUUGCCCAGGUAUCCUGGUACAAAGAUGGAGUAAAACUCCUGCCAGAAAAAGGACUAGACAUCAAAUCUGAAGGCAAAAUGAGGAAACUGAUUGUCCAGUCAACUGAAUUUUACCACUCAGGGGUGUACAGCUGCAAGACAAGGGGUGAUGCUGUCCACUUUAAUGUGGAGGUUAAAGCCCCACCUGUGAGGUUCUCAGCUGUCCCCAAAGAAAAACUGAGAAUAUGCAACGAAGCAGGCUGUCCCAUUGUUCUGCAAUGCGAAAUUUCAGAAUCGGCUGCACAGGUCCAUUGGCACAAAGAUGGGGAUCAGCUCCUUGUAGAAUCUGGAGCAGACUUCCUAUCAGAGGGCUGCAUGAGAACGCUCAGUAUUCAGUCAGCACAACUGUCUCAUGCUGGAGUGUACACCUGCACAACUAAGGAUGAUGUCAUCAAAUUCCAUGUGGACAUUAAAGCUGCACCAGUGAGGUUCUCAGCUGUUCCAGAUGCUGAGAAGAGUAUAUGCACUGAAGCAGGUGGAUGCUUUGAACUCCGCUGUAAGGUCUCAGACCCUAAAGUCCAUGUCUGCUGGUUUCACAAUGACGUAGAGAUUAAGACAGAGACUGGUUUGGAUAUUCAGUCUGAAGGAGAUGUAAGGAAACUGAUAGUGGAGUCAGCUGAGCCCAGACAUUCUGGAUUGUACCGUUGUGAAACAUCUGAUGAUGCUGUCCAGUUCAUUGUGGACAUUAAAGAGCUACCAGUGAUGUUCUCAGCCUUACCAGAGACUGUGAAGACCCAGCUGUUUGAAGCAGACUACUCCACUGAUUUACACUGUGAGAUCUCAGACCCAAGUGCCAAGGAGUUUUGUUACAAGGAUGGUGUAGAGCUCAUCUCAAAAAGUCCGCCUCAUAUCAAAUCGGAGUGUACCAAGAAGACAUUAGCUGUCAAGACAGCACAGACCUCUAACUCUGGAUGGUACAACAGUGUGAGAACGGAUGAUGCCAUCCAGUUUAAUGUACAAGACCAAGUGCCAGCAAAGACAUUUUUGGCUGUUCCCGAGGAUGAGAAGACCAAAAGCACUGAUGAAACGGAACCUGUUGCACUACAUUGUGAGAUCUUGGAUCCUGUUCCAUACAUCUAUCAGGCAAAAGAUGAGAAGGAAAAGGUCAUGAUUCAAGCUGCAGCUAAAAGUGAACCUGAAGUUUGUUUAGAUGAAUCCAAAGAAACUGUAGGGAAGUUACCAGAGACAUCUGUUUUUGACGAGUGUCUGAUUCAGAAGGAACCAGAUGUUCCCAUCCGGUUUGAAAUGGACCAAGCAGAACUGUCUCACUAUGAGGUGUGCAGUGGUGAGACCUAUGAUGACCCAUGCACUGUGGAUAUUAAAGAAGAGAUUUUCAGACAAUCAGAAUCGGAACAUGAAGCUGAAAUCAGAUGUGAAGCAGACAACACAAAGUUUGCAGAGGAAAGACCUGGAAAAAAUUCAGAAAUUCAGAGGAACCCCUCAGUCUCCAUUCCUACAACCUUCAGAUUUAUUGACGAGGAACCAAAGCUACAACCAAAGACAUUGGAGAGAAAAAUUUCCCCUUUCCAUGUGGAAGGCUCUAACCAUAUCAAAAUGCAAGAAAGUCCCCUGGAUUACGAUGUCUUAAGUUAUAAGGUGGAUGUUGAAGCUUCGAGGACGAACUCCCCACCAAUUUGUGAAACGGACGAGAGCUUGCCCGUUGAUCCAGACAGUUCCAGUGUACUUCUAAUUGAGAACUCUAAACACAUGACCCAAGACCAAUCUAUAUCCUGCCAACAAGUUGGGACAAAAAUGAUAUCCCAUAAUCCCACAAGGAAAGAGCUUGUCCAGUCAGCAGAGACGUGUCUCAGCGCACCGUGUAAGACUGACGCAAAGGAUCAAUCCAUUGUAUAUCAAGAGAAAAUAAAAGAUAACUUGUCUCCUCAACCUGAAGAACAUGUUCGCAAAGAGGAUUUAUUUACACAACCAUCUGAAGCUAAAGGGGUCACGCCCAUUGAAAGUGAUUCUCCAGUUGACUUGAGAAUCAGUCGAUUGGAUUCUCCAUUGAAGGAUGAAAUACAGUUGUACUUUCAAAACGGAUAUGAGACUCAAACAGAGGAAGGUGUACAAAAAACAAUUGUUCCAGCAUCAGACUUGGGUCAUUCAGGGGUUCAUGACUACAAGACAAUGGAUGAUGACAUUAUAUUUAAGGUGGAUGUCAAAGCUACAUCGCUGCAAAAGUCUACCACCCAUGACACUGAGAGGAGCAUGUCAAUUGGUGAAAAAGAUAAUACUUAUUAUCCACAACCUGAGCUAUCAAGCACAAUGACGGAAGUGAGCUGGUACAAAGAAGGCGAGGAACUCCAUGAACAAUGUGACAUUGUCACCCAUUCUGAGGGGACUUUCACAGCUCUUGUUAUCAAAUCAGAUGAAUCGUCUCACUCUGGACUACAUGCUUGUGAGAUGGAUGAGGUCACCGCGCUGUGUGCAGUGGACCCACCAGAACUGUCUGUAGCUCCAUCUGUGAAGUUCUCCACUGUCCCUGAUAGUCAACGGACCAAAUGCAUUGAGAGUGGAGGACCCUUUAAACUGCAAUGUGAGGUCUCAGAUCCUGAUGCCCAAGUGUGGUGGUACAAAGAUGGGAAUGAGGUACUGCCUCAAGAUGGCUUGAUCAUUUUGUCCAAUGGAGCAAUAAGGACCCUCUCUGUGGAAACUGCUGAAUUAUAUCACAGUGGAACAUACAGCUGCCAGACAAACAAUGAUGGCAUCACAUUCCAUGUGGAAAUCAAAGCUCCACCACCGAAGUUCAUACCAGUCUCAGAAGAGGAAACAAACAAAUCAACUGAAGUAGGCUCAUCAAUUGUUUUGAAAUGUGAGCUAUCAGAUGCCAAUGCUCAGGUUCUCUGGUGCAAAGAUGGUACAGAACUGUCUCCAAACUCUGGGCUUGAUUUCCAAAGAGAUGGGAAUAUGAGGAAACUAACUGUUCAAUCGGCACAGCUGUCUGAUACGGGAAACUACACCUGUCAUGUUCCAGGUGAUACCAUAUCAUUCAAGGUGCACGUUCAACCUCCCCCUGUUAGGUUCUCAAAACUUCCAGAAAUCGCAAGAAACAAGUUCAUUGAAGCAGGCUGUCCCAUUAUACUUCAGUGUGAAAUCUCAGAUCCUACUUCUCAAGUUUGCUGGCUCAAGGACGGAGUCCAACUCCAACAACAAACUGGACUUGACAUCCAAUCAGAGGGCACUAUGAGGACAGUGAUCAUCCAGUCAGCUGAGCCCAAACAUUCAGGCAUUUACAGCUGUGAGGCUGUGGAUGAUCGCAUAGCAUUCAAGGUGGAUGUUGCAGUUCCACCAGCGAUGUUCUCAGCUGUUCCUGAGACUGAGAAGAACAAGUCCUUUGAAGCAGACUGUCCAAUCAUUCUCCAAUGUGAGAUAUCUGAUCCUACAGCCCUGGUCCAAUGGUACAAGGAUGGAUUACAGCUCCUGCCCCAGUCUGGCAUUAACAUCCAAACAGAGCACACCACGCGGACACUGGUUAUCCAAUCAGCAAAAUUAUCCGACUCUGGUUUUUACAGUUGUAAUACAGCUGAUGAUAUCAGCGAAUUUUUUGUGGAUGUUAAAGCACCUCCGGUGACAUUUGCUUAUAUCUCAGAAGACGAUCUGCAUAGAAAUAUUGUGGAACAAGACAAUCUUCUCCUAUAUUGUGAGGUAUCUAGAUCAGAUGCUGUUGCACAAUGGUACAAGGAUGGAGUAGAGAUAAAGUCAACCGACAAUGUCCUUGUAGAGGUAGAAAACGUUGUACGCAGGCUGAUCAUCCUGUCAGCUCAACUUUCGGAUUCUGGUACAUAUACCUGUCGUGCUGGAGAUAAUGCCUUAAUAUUUAAAGUCAAUGUAAGAGAGCCCCCAGUGAUGAUUGUAUACCCCAAGGAGGAUGUCCACCUUGAUCGGCAUGUUCCUGAGGAAAUUGUCCUCAGCUGUGAACUUUCACGUUCAAAUGGAAAGGUGACAUGGUACAAAGAUGGACAGAAACUGCAGGAGAGUGAAAACAUAAAGUUAAAAGCUGAGGGUCCAUACAGACGGUUAAAAAUUCUGCACAGUGGUAUUGAGGACUCUGGAGAAUAUGUCUGCGACACAGCUGACGAUUCAAUAUUCUUCAAUCUAACCAUAAAAGAACCGCCAGUCCGUAUUAUUUCUCCAAGCCAGUCCCAAAUGGAACUUUGCCAACAGACAUCCGAGAGGAUGGUAUUGAGCUGUGAAAUCUCUAGACCAAAUGCCGUUGUGCGCUGGUAUCGUGAUGGACUCGAAGUGGAGGAGAGCAACAGCUUAAUACUUGAGGUUGACAGUGUCUAUAGAAGACUUAUUAUCCCAAAACCUACAGUCAAAGACUCUGCAGAAUAUGUCUGUGACACCGCAGAUGACUCAGUGACCUUCAUUGUCAAUAUUGCAGAACCACCAGUUAGAUUUAUUCGGCCAAGGAAAAUGGCCUAUGGAGUGGAGAAACUGGUUGGAGACACGUUGGUCCUUGAGUGUGAGGUGUCUCGAGCAAAUGCUGAAGUUAGCUGGAAAAGAGAGGGAGAAGAGAUUGAUGAAAACAGCAACGUAACUAUCAUAGAGGACGGAGCAAGUCGACAAUUAAUCAUUCACUCGGCAGCAUCAGAGGAUGCAGGCCAAUAUGUCUGUGAUGCCAGAGAUGAUGUAAUGGACUUCCUUGUAAAGAUUAAAGAACCCCCUUUGACAAUUAUGCGAAAGGCUGACAUCGAGACAAAGCUGCAUUUUCUUGAAUCUGAUGCCAUCGUGCUAAAAUGUGAGAUCUCAAGAGCAAACGGGGUGGUCAGUUGGCUUAAAGACAAUGAGAGGAUCGAGGGAAAGGAACAUUUCAUCUGUGAAGAGGAAGGCACAUUUAGAUCUUUGAUUGUCCUGAGUGCUGACUUGAAUGACUCAGGGGAGUAUAUCUGUCACACACAGGAUGAUAAAGUCGUCUUCAGUGUUACUGUAGAAGGUAUGACCUGGUUAAACAAAAAAAUUAAUGAUGAUGUGCCUUUCUGUAGCUUUCUACCCAAGAAGGCGCCGGUGUCCAUUAUUGGGAAUUCAGAGAAGCCAGAACACCACACUUUAAACACAGGAGACGACCUUGUCCUACAAUGUGAAGUAUCACAAGCAAAUGCUACAGUUCAGUGGUACCACAAUGGAGUUUUACUACAUGAAGAUUCACGUACACACUUGGAAAGCAAACACACAAUGAGAAAGCUUGUGAUACCAGACCUUCAAACAUCUGACUCUGGAGAGUAUAUCUGUGAUGCCAUUGAUGACAAAAUGAUAACUAUGGUAUUGGUUCAAGAAUCACCAUUCCAAUUCAUCAAAAAAGAUGAACGAACAAAUAUUUCAGCCUAUGAAGAAGACAGUGUGACACUACGUGCCACUGUAAAUAGAGCCAAUGCGCCUGUGAAAUGGCAGAGAGGUCGUGAUCCAAUCAGAGGUGAUCGGUUCCAGUCCACAAGUGAUGGAAACACUCACUGCCUUACCAUUAACCCACUCAAGAGAGGUGAUACUGGACUGUACACAUGUCAUGUGGGAUCAGAUGAGAUGAACUUCAGUGUCAAUGUUAGAGCAAUAAAGGUGAAAUUCUCCAAACCACUGGAAAAUGUAGUGGGACUCAAAGGUUGCGAUGUGGCUUUGAAAUGUGAACUAUACACGCCAAAAGGAGAUGUUCAGUGGCUGAAGGACAACCAAGAGAUUGUGCCAAAUAGACAUUUUACAAUCCGGGCUGAGGGCCGUGUGAGAAGCCUCACGAUACACAGUGUAUCAGAAGAUGACGAGGGAGAAUAUGCUUGUGAAUCCAAAGAUGAAAGGACAAUCGCUACAGUAGUGGUCAACAUUCCCAGAAUUGUGGAGUUUAUAGCGGAGCUGCACAACAUCACUGUCAUGGAAGGAGAAAAUGCCACAUUUAAGUGUGUGGUGUCUCCAGAGGACGCACACUUGGCCUGGUUUAGAAACAGCCAGCCAAUUUCAUCAAACGAAAAGUUCCACAUUUCAAGCACUGGAUUAUGCCAUGUGCUGCAGAUCAAUAAUUGCCAAGUGUCAGACAGCUGCAAGCUGACUGCUGAGGCUGAAGGUGUGAUUUCCAGAGCAAUCCUACAGGUCCAAGAGGCACAGGUUUUUUUUACGAAAAGCAUGGAGCAGGCGGUGGCAGAAGAAUACAGCGAUGUGACGUUGGAGGUGGAGGUCAGCCAUGAGAAAGGGGAAGUGCAGUGGAUGAGACAAGGAGUAGUUAUACAUCCAGGGCCCAAGUUCACCCUGAAGCAGAAUGGCCGAAAACGCUCUAUCACAAUCCACAAGCUCGUCCUUUCAGAUCGGGGCACCUACAGCUGCGAAACGCUCCAUGACCGCACGCAAGCCAGGCUUAGUGUGGAACCAAGAAAAAUCAAGAUCCGAAAGGGUCUAGCUGAGAUCCAGACUUAUGAGCGAGAGACAUCCUCUUUUGAGGUGGAGCUCUCUCAUAGCAACGUAGAGGCUGUGUGGCAGAAGAAUGGACACGCUCUAAAAAACAACAACCGUUUGCGUAUGACUGCAAAGGGACGGGUGCACAGCCUCACCAUCUCCAACCUGACCUUAGAUGACACUGGCACUUACACAUUCUCUGUUGAGAACAUCAGAUCAUCAGCGAAAUUGAUUGUUAAAGAAAUCCCAGUAUCAAUUUUGAAAAAGCUUGAGGAUAGUAGGCACCCAGAGGGCGCUGGAGUUACCCUUGAAUGCGAGCUGUCACGUCAUAACGUAGACGUAAAGUGGACAAAGAAUGGAGUUCAGCUUAAGCCAGGAAAAAAUCUUCGUAUAUACUCAAUGGGAAGAAAAUGCUUUCUACAGAUCCUAAAGUGUGAACAGGGAGAUACUGGUAUAUAUACGUGCGAUGCCGUGGAUGCUAAAACAUCCUGUUCAGUGGAUGUAUAUGAAAGGGAGCUUGAGAUAUUGCAGGGUUUAGAGGAUCUGGAUAUCCAAGAAGAUCAGAAUGCUGUGUUCGUGUGUGAAGUGUCCCUAGAUGAUGUUCCUGGAGAGUGGUUUAAAAACAAUGAGAAGAUUAAACCAACCAGCACCAUUAAGAUCCGCCAGGAAGGUACUAAGCACUUCCUCCUUAUAUGCAAUGUCAAAGGAGAAGACUCUGGGGAGAUCAAGUUUGCUGCCAAGAAUGUUGAGUCGACAGCUUACCUUGAGGUUGAAGCACUGCCAGCAAACAUUGUGAAGCCACUUCAGGAUAAAACCGCUGUGGAGAAAACUCGUGUCGUGCUGGAUUGCACGGUGACAAAUCCCCGUUGCAGUAUUCGCUGGUAUAAGGGACCGAAUGUCAUCCUGCCCUCCGAGCGCUUUGAGAUCUGCAGCGAGGGAUGUUACCGAAAACUUGUGAUUCAGCAGGUCCAGCUUGAGGAUGAGGGCACCUAUAGUGUUCAAGUUGGAAACUACACAUCCUCAGCUAAACUUACUGUAGUAGCUCAGUCAAUCCUCAUAGUGAAUGAUCUUAAGGAUGUGGAGGUAAUUGCUCCUGCGGAUGCAUGCUUUGCAUGUGAAGUGUCUUUGCCUGAGGCCAAGGCUCCUACCUGGACACUGAAUGGACAGACGCUGCAUCCGGGUCCCAAAGUUGUCAUGGAGAAACUGGGAACCAUCCAUAGGCUCACUCUCAAACAGACGUCAGAGGAGAUGAGUGGCACGCUCUGCUUUAUCAUUGGACAAGCCAAAAGCACUGCACAUCUGCAUGUCAGAAGUAGCCAUUGAGAAACAACUCACUGUAAGCACUUAACAGUGAUUACGUCCCAACCAGUUAUAUACCAAAAACUGAUAGGUCUGUCAAUAAUUAGGCACAUGUCAAUACGAAUGCUGUUACACAUAUAUGCAUACAGUAUGUGACUUUAACAGCAAUUUUACUUGAGGCCUGCACUAACCAUAGAAAAACAUGUCUGGGAUUUAUUAUUAAGCCAUCAGAAAUUAAUUAGAAAACAUUUUCUACCAUCCAUUAUAGAAACAUUUCCUAAAUACUACGUUGGUCAAAUCCUUUUGCUUUGUUAAUGACAUGAAUGAACCGCAUCAGGCCGAAAACCCAGACAUGUCAUUCAUCUAUGCUUUUAUGACUUAAAUGUCUUGCACAUUAAUUCGGGACAGGUAAAUUUGUGUACUAUAUCCUUGUGUAGAUAUAAUUUUCUGUGUUUUUUUAUUUAUGAUUUGUGGAAUGCCGAGUAAUGUGCAGAUUUAAGGCAAUGAUGUAAUAAUGCGCAGGGCCAAAGGUUACAAGAGGGUUUGGGAACGAAAGCAGUUUUAGUUUAUGUAACUAAUACGUUGAAUUUAUGAAUACAAUCAUUUUCAGAGUAGUAAAAAGACAGCGUAAUUUACAAAUAAAUAAAAAAUGCUGUUGUGAGUUGUAGUUUGCUGUUAUAUUCAAAUCAUAUUUCACAACACUUUACCUAAAUAUCCAAAUAUAGGGCUGCAAUGUACCCUUGCUUAUCAAUAUCUUUCAAUAAACUUUACAGAACAUG